UGUAGAUCAGCGUGCACCUGACCCGCAGGCAUCACCCUUUGGGGUGCCAGGAGAGGGACAUCCAAACUGUCCGGCACCUGUCUGCAAGGACCAAGCCACCAUGCCUGAAGUCAGAGACCUUUCGGAAGCCUUGCCAGAGACGUCGAUGGACCCCAUCACAGGAGUCGGGGUAGUGGCCUCCCGGAACCGAGCCCCAACUGGCUACGAUGUAGUUGCACAAACGGCAGAUGGCGUGGAUGCUGACCUCUGGAAAGACGGCUUAUUCAAGUCCAAGGUUACCAGAUACCUGUGUUUCACAAGAUCAUUUUCCAAAGAAAAUAGUCAUUUGGGGAAUGUGUUGGUGGACAUGAAGCUUAUCGACAUUAAGGACACGCUGCCUGUGGGCUUCAUCCCGAUCCAGGAGACAGUGGACACACAGGAGGUGGCCUUUAGAAAGAAGAGGCUGUGCAUUAAAUUUAUCCCUCGGGAUUCAACUGAAGCUGCCAUUUGUGAUAUUCGGAUCAUGGGCCGGACCAAGCAGGCACCUCCCCAGUACACAUUUAUUGGGGAACUGAACAGCAUGGGCAUCUGGUACCGCAUGGGCAGAGUGCCAAGAAAUCACGACUCAUCUCAACCCACCACACCCUCGCAGUCGUCAGCAGCUUCCACCCCAGCCCCCAACCUUCCCAGGCACAUCUCGCUAACACUACCAGCCACCUUCCGAGGCAGGAACAGCACCCGGACAGACUAUGAGUAUCAGCACUCCAAUCUGUAUGCCAUAUCAGCAAUGGAUGGCGUGCCUUUUAUGAUUUCAGAGAAGUUUUCCUGUGUUCCAGAAAGUAUGCAGCCCUUUGACCUCUUGGGAAUCACCAUCAAGUCUCUGGCAGAAAUUGAAAAGGAGACAGGCCUCUUCCCUGCUGAAGCAGGAGUGCCACCUCUCUGGGAAAGCACCCUUGUUCUCUCUGAGGUCCCAUGCAGCCACCUGAAGAGUAUGAGUACAGCUUCCGCACAGAGCAGAGCGCAGCGGCACGGCUCCCACCCAGCCCUACCCGGUGCCAGCAGAUCCCCCAGUCCUGAGGAGCCCAUGGCCUUCUGAGGGAGAAGAUGCCUCCUGCCCAGUGCCCAGACUACUGAUGGGGUGGCUGGGGUGUGGGUCACUCCCUCCCUCACCCGCCCAUCCUGCCUGCCCUCCCCACUGAUCUAGACACUCUGGGCAGCUGAGUGGUCACAUUGGCUUGCCUGAAGAGACUCCCCUGCCUCCCUGGGGGUGUUGUUCAUAAUUGCGACUAAUCUGUGUGUGCUAUAGCGACCAGAGGCUCCUAGCGUGUCUGUGUGAUGACCACUUAUCCUGCAAAACGUCUUUACCCCCACCCCAAGAGUCACCUCCAAGGGCCUGGACUCUUGCUCCAGCUGCCCAGUGAUGCCCACUGGCUCCCCUUCAACUGACCAUUACCCACUAUGGGAAUCCCACAAAGCCGUUGUCUCUCUCCCGGAAGAUCUGAGUUGGCACUUCACACAGGACCCCCCUGCAAGAGACACUGACCACCUCUGACCCAGGCCAACAGGUUCAAGUGGCCCAUGUUUUGCAGUGACCCUGAGAAAAUGGGACCCUACUUCACUCCAGACAACUGUGGACUCUCCCUCAUUGCGCACACAGGACAUCCAGCGACCACACAGAUGAUAUCUCACUUUCUGUGGAGGUGACCGAGUGCCUGCCUGGAUGUGAACUUGGCUACCAGGGUGCUGCACUUGGCCCCGGGUGCUGAACUUGGCCUCGGGUUCUAAUUCCUGCAAAGGGCUCCCCUGCCAGCCGCCUGCCAGCAACAACUCCACCCUCCUCAGCCUGGUGCCCUGACCUGGUUACUGACAUAGGGCAGAUUCUGAAAGACACAGUACCAAGCCUUGCAGGGACUCAGCACAAGGGCACCAAGUACACUCAGCAAAGCCCACCUCACUGUGUCUGCAGCAUCUGCUAGCAGGAUCAAACAUGUUGUUUUGAACAAAAGUCCCUCUGUCCCAGGCCUCUGAAUUUGGGUCAGAACUAACACUUCUUCACAAGUGUCCAUCUGAGGUGCCAAUUUCAACCCCCCAUGCAUUGCCAUGAGAACAGUGGUCACUACUGUCCCAGACACUGAGCCUCACCCUGAUGGGCUUCUUUGCCAUGAUUGGCUAUUGGAGUUUGUCUAACAUCUGUCCAUUGAAGGUCUGUGAAUACAGGAGUGUGUAGAGUGGUCGGUGGCUGGAGUGUGGGUAGGCUGCGGGCAGCGGCUGCAUCAGUCCGUACACACCUUGCCAGUGCAGUUCAGAGAUGGCCACAGGCAGCUGGGCAGCUGAAGAGGAAGAGCCAGCCAACAGGAUGGCUAUGGGCCUGGGCAGGGCCAAAAAUACCUCACCUGUCUGCAUGGGCCCCUCAACUCCAGACCCUCAGGCCCUUUCAUGGACCAACCUUCCUCCAUCAGCCUCACCAUUUGGUACUUCGUUAAUAUGUGUUAGAAAUGAUCACCUCACUUCCCCCAAGAUCCGGGGGUGACCACUAGCCCCUUGCCUAUGGGCCCCAAGAACCUCCCACAGAACAGGAAAAGGGAGUUUACCUGUCAGAGGCCCAUGGGCUCAGCAUAGGGUCUCUGGUGGGACUUUGCUGGUGCUCAACCAGGACAGAGUUGAUGAACUGUCUCCAGAUGGUGCCACAAAAAGCUGGGGAGCCCAGGACCUGUGUCUACUGCUGCAGGUCUAACCCCAAAUGGCCUGUGUGACCUGAGGUCCAGCAGAGAGGGAAUGACCUCAAGUGGUCUGAGGGGACGAUGGGAAAGUUGGGGGCAGAGCUCCAGGCUCUCCUGGACACUUCAUUUUGGUUUGUACACUUUGUCCCUCAACGUCUUUCCACUCCCCAGUUGUGAAAUCAUCUCCACCAGGUGACCCCAGAUGACCCUCACACCUCCCUUCAUGGAGAACAUGAGUUCUCAGCAGCUCCUAUAGGCCCUGGAAUACUAAUGUGACCACGAGGGACCCUCUGCCAGUGAUCAAGAAGGCCAAACAAGGGGUCCUUGGAGACAAGAUGGUGCUGCAGCCCAUUGAUUCAUCCCUAGAGACUCAUGGCCACCAGGAAGAGGGCAAACUGCUCCAACAAGCUGGAGAGACCUCAGAGGCAUGGAGGACGUAGUUUAAGAAUAACUUUGACUGUGAACGUCACAGCCUCCACAGCUCUGGUAAUGAAGCAGAGGUGGUGGUAAGGUCAAGGUGGUGUCUGUGGUAGGUUCUAGUCAGCACCCAACCCUCCUGUUCCUCAUCUUCUGAGAGGUGGUGGUAGUGUGUGUGUCGUGUGUAAGUGUCCACCCAGUGUGAAGUACCUCCCAAACCUGGGAGGUGGGGGCUGUGGCUCAGGCCAGAAUUGAGUGGCCUGUCCUGUGUUAUGGAGAGAGCUUUUCUCCACCACCCCAUGGCCACUGUGGGAAGGGAAGCACAAGGAUUCUUUGGGAGAUAGGAAAAGCAACAGCCUCUCUCUUAGAUCCCCCUCCUCCACCAGCAUGUCCCACUACAGCUGCUGUCCCUGCCCAUCAUACCUGUCUGUCCUAAAAAGACUAACCAGAGCACAGCACCCCAGCCCCACUGUCCCCACUCUGAAAAUUCAGUUCCUUUCUCACAGCCUUGGAAAUGGCACACAGGGUAACAGAAGGUUUCCUCCAAGUCACCUGCAAAUUUUUCAGAAGGCCUGUUUCCUGCCCCAUGUCCAAGAAUUGAUGGCAGCCCACCCUGUGCUACUUAGAUUCAACAGCCCAGACUCAGGGAAGAAAGAAUAAGUCAGCACCACCCUACCUUCCUGAUGGCCAGAGCUGUGUAGCCACCCUGUGGCCAAGGUCAUUUUGCCAGGAGAAGAUAUAGGCUGAUUGGCAACCCCUCUGUCAGAAGGGCGUGAGGACACGGGGCCUGAGGGACUGAGCAGCAGCAUCCCACCCCCACUAACACCAGGCUGGGCAGCCUAAGCACAUUUUCUCUAUCCUUCCCCUCUAAACAAGCCCAGAAGGGGGUGCUCUUUGCUCCCUGUCACAGAUGAAGCGCCUGAGGUACUGCCCCAGGCACAAGCUGGCCUGGGGCAGAGGUAAGAUCUGACCCCAAGACCCCUGGGCCAACCAUUCUAUCUUAUGACACAUCUCAGACUGGCCUUUGUGUCCAAGCCUGUGAUGAACUUAUUCUGUCACCAAGUCACCGCACCAUGGCAGUGGGCACUAGGCAUGGAUCAGGCCAGGAGCCCUCCUGCCCUGCUCCUCCCCAUUCUAGCUGUCAGCUGCUCCAAUCCCCUGCCACCUUUGGGGACUGCCAGCCAGGGAGGAGGGUAGAAAGGUCUUGACAAACAGCUACAUGCCACCAAUCCAUGCAGAGCCGAGCUCAUGAAAUUAGUUUGUGUCCAUCUGACCCCAGAGCCCAAGGAGGAGGCCCAACACCCGCUGUACCCAGGCCCCCUCCCAGGUGGCCUGGGCACCUCGAAGCAGCCCAGCUUGCUUCACCUACUCUGGGCACAGGCAUCUGAGCAGCUGCAACCAUCACCUCCAGGAGCCCAGCUUUGUUCUCCCUUCAAAGGCUUGUGAGCUGCCAGGCCACUGUGUGGUGCUGGGACAUGGAGUGGCCUCCUUUCCUGCAUAUUUAUUCAAGGUGACUUCUUGGCAAAGGGAGGUUUCACUGUGUGGUUGUAUUCUUAAUAUAAUUUGUUAAAUAAACGUUUUAACCUCUUUC